AUGGCGUACACACAGGGUCUUCUGUCCAGACUGUCUGAUUUGCUGUUGUGCCGCUGGUCGUGUCGCUCCUGCUGGCAGUGGUGUUGGGAGUGCAGCUGCUGUCAGUCUUCUGAAGAAGAGGUGGAGAUUUUGGGGCCUUUUCCAGCUCAGACUCCGUCAUGGCUUGUCAAUGACUGCAAUGAUGAGAAAGGCACAAAUUCUCACCUCAUGGAUCAGGACGGCGCUUCCUCUCCCCAAUCUGAUCCCACUACAAACUGCAGACCGCCCACUUCAGAAACUGCCCGAUCCACCUUCAGCUUGGCAGGUCAGCUCGCAAGUCUGAAUGCUCGACGCCCAAGCUCCCCUAUGGUGGAUGUAAAGCCUAUUGAAUUUUGGGCCAUGGGACCGAGAAAGGAAGUGGUGCAGCCUUUGCGUAAGCCUCCGACACCACCUGACGACUACUUUCGCAAGCUGGAACCUCAUCUGUACUCUUUAGACUCGUGCAGUGAUGAUGUGGACUCUCUAACAGAUGAUGAGAUCCUGAUGCGGUACCAGUUGGGCAUGCUGCACUUCAGCACACAAUACGACCUCAUCAAUGCCCACCUCAUUGUGCGAGUCAUUGAGGCCCGGGACCUUCCUCCUCCUGUAACGUGCGAUGGCGCCCGCCAAGACAUGGCCCACUCGAACCCCUACGUGAAGAUGAGCCUGCUGCCUGACAACAAGAACUCAAGGCAGACGGGAGUAAAGCGUAAAACCCAGAACCCUGUGUUUGAAGAGCGUUUCACUUUUGAUCUCCCCUUCCUGGAGGCCCAAAGACGCACACUACUGCUCUCUGUGGUCGACUUCGACAAGUUUUCACGCCACUGUGUUAUCGGAAAAGUGGCUCUUCCUCUUAGUGAGGUUGAUCUGGUGAAGGGAGGACAUUGGUGGAAGGCCCUGGUGCCCAGCUCUCAGAAUGAGGUUGAGCUUGGUGAGCUGCUGCUGUCCUUAAACUAUCUGCCCAGUGCUGGCAGAUUAAAUGUGGACAUCAUCCGAGCAAAGCAGCUGCUGCAGACAGACAUGUGCCAAGGUUCAGAUCCAUUUGUGAAGGUGCAGUUGGUGACGGGUCUGAAGCUGAUGAAGUCUAAGAAGACGUCCUGUAUGAGGGGCACUAUUGACCCCUGCUACAAUGAGUCCUUUAGCUUCCGUGUACCACAAGAGGACCUGUGUGAAGUCAGUCUUGUGUUGACAGUUUACGGGCACAACGUGAAGAGUAGCAACGAUUUUGUUGGCCGUAUUGUGAUUGGCCAGUUCUCCAGCGGGCCUCAGGAAACCACACACUGGCGUCGACUGCUGAGCUCCAAGCGAACCCCAGUGGAACAGUGGCACAGCCUGCGCUCCCGAGCCGAGUGUGACCGCGUCUCUCCUGCAUCCCUUGAGGUCACAUAAUACUGACCUGGAACAGCCACUGAAGGUGGGAUAGAGGAACCUAAAACACAAAUAUCUGGGAGCGUUUGGAGGUUUCUGUAUCAUUUUUAAUGGUUUUGAAUCAUAUAGUAAUAGAUCUGUUCUCUACAGAAUGGUGGGCUCUGUCUCAGUAGGGUUUUUCACACUCAAAACGGUUAACCCUGGGUCAUUCUAAACCCUGGACAAACUGAAUAUUGUGUUGUCAUACAACUGAAUAUUGUGUUGCUUCACAUUUCACAGCGCUUACAAUUAAUCCUUAUAAUUCAUAAGCUGACUUCUCAUAUUGUUCAUUCUUGUUAGUUGCUAAGCAUGUAGUAAUCAUUUUUCCCCACCGCAUUAUUUCUCAGUACAGAUAUUUAGCAC